GAGACCGAGGGUACCGCCCCUUCGUCGGCCAAUGCUGAGAGCCACACCAAGCCUACCGACACACCAGCCCCAAUGCUUAAACACCCACCGCAAUCUCCUCGUGGCGACGCGUGGGCCGCACCGCGCGUCGACACUGCCGCUGCUAAAGAGUCGCGCGCUGGUGACAAGGCACCCAGUCCAAAACCACUAGGCUCUCCAACUACCCAGGGCUCCAAGAGAAGCGCAGACGGCUCUGUCAAGGCUGCUGGUGUAGUCCUCGCGACACCUUCUACCUCCAGACCCAUGGCAGCCCACAAGAGAAACAAGAGCAUGGAUACACACUCGGGCACUCGCAUUGGAGAGCUAUCUGCCCAGCUCAAGACGCGUCUUUCGUACGCCAUGGUCAAGGUCCAGAACGGUUGGGAGAAACAGUCGCUCGAAGAAUUGGAAGAAGGUCAAUCGCAGCGCGGAUCGCCCAACUCUGCUCCUGGCAGAAGCGACUACUUAGCAUUCGACUCGCCUGCCGAUAGCGAGCGACGACGGAGACCGAGCGGCGUCUCGGACAUUUCCGAUCAGAUGAUCAUGUCACCGGUCUCUGAUCCCACGCGAUCACAUGUGGGAACACCAGGCCCGUACUGGAUACCGGCUACCCGUCCUGCAAUGCAUGCUGCCGCAAACCUCAUCUCUAUUACUGGUGCAAACCACGGUCAUGGGCCUAGUCAUGGUCAUGGCCUUGCUCCAGCUCCCACAUUCCAGAACUCACGAAGACGCCGGUCUACAGUCUCACAUAUUCCCCCUCCUCUUCUAGCAACAGGCCAAAGGAAAUACUACAGUGACUUGAGUGGAGACAUGCGAUCGCCAGCAACACCUAGAGCAGGAAUACUUCGUAUGCCCAGUCAACAAGCAGAAAAGGACGCGGUCGACACGUUGCUCUUCAUGAGCAGUCCAAACAAUUCGCAGCGCUUUCCUGUGGGGACUCUAGAGCCAAGUCCGCUCAGGACUGAGGCUCCCCAAAGACGAGUCAUGUUCGAAGCCUAUCCUCCGCAGGAUAAACACGUAGGAUAUCAUCAUUCUUCUAUGCCUGCACCUCCACACCACCACCAGCACGGACCCUAUCCAGCCCACCCAGCAAGGUAG